AUGUCUGAAAGAAAAGCUAUUAACAAGUACUAUCCACCGGAUUACAACCCACUGGAAGCUGAAAAGCUAUCCAGGAAAAUGGCUAAAAAACUGAAAACCAUGAAUAAGAGCCACGCAUCGAUUAGAUUAAUGACCCCAUUUAGUAUGAGGUGUUUGGAAUGUAACGAAUAUAUUCCCAAAAGCAGAAAAUUCAAUGGUAAGAAAGAGCUACUGAAGGAGAAGUACCUGGACUCCAUUAAGAUAUAUAGACUAACCAUUUCAUGUCCACGUUGUGCCAAUUCCAUUGCAUUUAGAACAGACCCCGGUAAUUCAGAUUAUGUAAUGGAAGUGGGGGGCGUAAGAAACUAUGUCCCUCAGAAACCAAAUGAUGACCUGAACGCUAAAACAGCUGUCGAAAGCAUAGACGAGACACUGCAACGCUUAGUGAGAGAGAAGGAAAUGGAGCAGAACGAGAAGAUGGGUAUAAAGGAGCAAGCAGAUGACAAAAUGGAUUUGCUGGAAAAAAGACUAGCCAAAAUUCAACAAGAGCAAGAGGAUGAUGAGGAACUUGAAAAUUUAAGGAAAAAAAACCUUGAAAUGAGCCAGAGAGCUGAAAUGAUAAACCGCAGCAAACACGCACAACAAGAAAAAGCAGUAACGACUGAUGAUCUGGACAACCUCGUAGAUCAGGUAUUUGACAAUCACAGGCAGCGUACCAAUAAACCUGGCAAUAACAACGAUGAGAAGAGAACUCCGUUGUUUAAUCCUACAUCCACUAAGGGAAAAAUACAGAAGAAAAGCUCUGUGCGUACGAAUCCGUUAGGGAUAGUUAUAAAACGAGGAAAGUCUCUCAAAUGA